AUAUUUUACAGGUGAGUUGAAUAGGGGCAAGCACCUGAACAACGAGACAACAACGCCACCUGUGCUGCGGUGUGUGUUUGAUUGAUAUGAAGCGCCGUAAUGGCGUCCAAUGUAACCUGGUCAUUGGCAAUCUUCUUAGUUUGCUGCAUUUCAGGAGGUGCAGCCAUCCAAUGCUAUCAGUGUGACAGUAAUGAAGACUACACCUGUCCAUCAGGGUAUGAAUUUGACAAAACAGUUAAUGCUUUGAUAGACUGUAAUGGCUUUGAGGCUGACAUCCCUGGACAGUUUUGUGUCAAGAUAUACCAGGAGAGCCCGGGGUGGGGAGGUUGGCAAAAAACAACCAGAAGAUGUGGAUUAAGAACCUCAUUUGGUGUGGCUUGGGGCUGUAGGUGGUCCUGGGACUACACUGGUGUUUUCAUGGAGACCUGCUACUGUGAAGAUCAAGAUGGCUGCAACAGCUCCACCUAUGUGACUUCCAGUGUGUUGUUACUUGUGUUGUGCUCCACUUUAUACAUUCUCUUUAACAUGUUGUAGCUCUAAAAUAAAUUUCCCAUUCCAUCACUUAAAUUUACAUUCUGGAUAUUUUUAAUUUUUUUUUACUUAUCUGAAAUUUCUCCUUACGAAUACAUUCCAUUUUACUCAGCCAUGUACAUAAUGGUUCUGUCAGACACAAAUCAGGUUGUGUACAAUUUAUGCAGCUAUUUUUUAAAAAUUGAUAAUGAGAUUGUAUACUAGUGAAUGGUUAUUCUUGUUUAACUGUGUUGUAUAUGAAAGUUUGUUAACUAGGUUAUUCCUGAAUUUGAGCUGUGUUUGAAAGUACUGAAAGAUAUAAAGAAGGUCUUGAACACUUUAUAUAGCUGUAGUUGGUGAGAUGUAUUUCUAUACUUGUUUAAUUGUCUAAUGCAUGAAGAUAAUGUGCCUGUUAUUUGCUGGUGUAUAAACUAUGACUGUAUAAAGUAACUUGCGGAUUAUCAUCCACCACCAUAUGAAACAUAUCACUUUGUAACAUAUGAAGUUUAUUUACAUUAAUGAACUGUAAAUAAUAAUGUACAUAUUUCUUAAAAGUUUUUUCAAGAUUUUGUCUAAAAUGAAUUAGUGAGUUAUGCAAGGUUAGCUGUAAUGAACAUAUUUUUGUAUUACUGAAAGCAUAUUAUACAUGGAGUGAUGCCUUUUUGCUUUUUAAGUUCAUUUUUAACAAGAGAUAAAUUGGUAUCAAUGUCUUACAUGACUCAGUGUUAAAGAAAAAUCAAGGCCUGCUUUUAUAACAUCAGUUUUUUUUCUACUAUUAAAUCAAUUAAAAAAUAA